CUCAAAAAUAAUUUUCUUUGCCUACUAUUUAUACGAUAGUUUUCAAAAUCAUUUAGUUCCAACAUUUCAUAGAAAUAUAAUGUCUAUUUUCGAUUGUUUGCCCGCCCUACCACGAUGCUGUUACUGUAUCAAUUUGAAGAUUGGAGUAAUCCUUAUGGUGAUUUUAUCAAUAAUUCUUAGUGGAGCAUUGAUGGCAUGGAUAAUAAAUGAAGUUGAUUAUAAUGAUCAAAAUGGUUUAGCUCAAGAUACUUUUUUUGAUAAGAAUGAUACAAAUUUUCUAUAUGCGUUGGCAGCUGGGACUGUUAUCUUCAUAAUAUUUACGUUUAUUUUUAUUUUUGGUAUUAUAUCGGACAAAGAAGUAAUAGCUAUAUUGUAUCUGUUCGCAACCGCCUUGGCGCUGUUGUUUUUCACUGUUGUGUUUAUUUUAAUAUUGUUGGCAACAGUUGUCAACGCCGGAGAUGCCAGGCCUUAUUCAACCCUUCGUAUCCCUAUAUUCUGUGUUGGGUUUGUAUGGCUAGUUUACUUAAUGAUCAUGGUGAGAAGCUACAAGGAGGAAAUGCUUGUCUUACCUUAAGCUAAGCGGAGUGUCGGCAUAUUUAAUAAUGGAAAUUGUUCAUUUACAAGAGAAACUGAUGUUUAUGUAUAUUAAUUGUAUAUAACUGUUGGAUGCCGGGUUUUUUUAUGUUUGUCAUAAUUACAAUUUUCUCCUUGUUAUUUGAUCGGUUAGUUUUGGUUUAUUAUUUUGAUCAUGUGUAUCCAGAUAAUUUCAUUUAAUAAAGUGUUAGAAAACACGUCGCUCAAACCAACUAUCGCUCGUAAAACUGCAGAUCAGAAGUGAAGAUUUUUGACUUGACAAAUUUGGAAAUAUAAUUAUUGGAAGUAAAAAAAAUUAGCACGAAUGCUCUAAUUAAUCGUUGAGAGUCUUUGAGCUAAAUAAAAUACUUCUAGCUCAGCUUGAAGUAAAAAGAAUAGAGAGGCUUCUUUAUAAAAAAUUAUUAAUAAUUUACAUUUAGAACUGGAUUCAGUUACUGUGUUUACAACUAUUGAAUUUUAUGACAAAAUGGCAUGGAAGGAAUUAAAAAUAUAAGUAACAAGUUGGAAUAAAUAUAUUUUCAUAUCGCCAUUAAGUAAUACUCAGCAAGCAAAUAUAAAAUAGUAAGACUAGACUACUUUAUAAAAAGUAGACUUAUCUUUAACUAUGAUCUUUGCUAAGAGUCUGUCUAUAGUAGUCAUGCUUAUUUGCGAUUCAAUAUAUGAUUAAGUUUCUAUAUUUUUAAUACUCUUGUAUCCCAAAAAGACGUUAUGGAAGGAAUUUUAAAAUAUAACAUAUUUGAAGGAAUAUCCCUGUUGCUAAUUUUACGGUUCAAAUAGUUAACAGCAAUAUAAUUGAAUGGUUUUUAGAACUGCAGGGGCAAGAUUUUUAUAAAAUUUAUUUCAUAUUAAAAUAGUAAAUAAUGAAUAAUGAAGAGUAAAAAAGAGAAUUUGUUAGUUUGUUAUUUUUUUUUAAAAAAACUUCACUAAUAAUAUAGUCAUUGUUAUUAAUUUUGGUAUAGAUUUUCUGUAUUUGUAAUUCUACCGAUUCUAUAAUAUAACUACAAUAUUAACAUUUAAACGAUAAUAUGUGAAACUACCAAUUGUAAAAUAUCCGUAGCAACGCUUAGGUUAGUAGGUAAAUGUAAACAUACAAAUUUUUUACGCAAAGUUUAAGGUUUGAGUCGGUGAAUACCAAAGAGAAAAAUAAUUAUACUGUGGUUGUUUUGUAUUUUAUAUUGUAAAUGUCUGUGAUAUUGUAAUUAUUAUUUUGGUAAUUAAAUUAAAUAAGGUAAUUGGUAUUCAAUCAAAUGAUUAUGGAAUUUUGUUGUGUUUAACCUGUUUGGUCAGAUUAA